AUGCACGCCCCCGAGCGUCCGCCAGCCCGCGCGCCCCCGCCUGCGCGCAUAUGGUGGUCCAACGGCAUCUUCUUCGUCGGCACUCAUCUCGCGGCCGUCGUAGCCGUCUUCUUACGGCCUCCGUCCGAGGUUCCUUGGCAGACCCUGCUGUUCAUGGUCGUUCUGUGGCAGGCAGCCUCGAUGGGUAUCACUGUUGGUUACCACCGACUGUACUCGCACCGCGCCUUCCGGGCAGCAUGGCCUGUGCGGAUGGCCGUCGCGCUCCUGGGGGCAAGCGCGUUCCAGGGAUCUAUCAAGGUGCGGUCUCUCCGGCAUAGACUGCACCACAGGUUUACGGAUGACCCUACCCACGAUCCUUACGCUGCAACGAAGGGCUUGCUGUGGAGCCAUGUAGGAUGGAUAUUUUACAAGUCCCGAUAUGAACGGCUGGAAUCGAUCGACCAAGAUGACCUAGAAGGCGACAUAGUCGUACGUAUGCAACACAAAUAUUACAUUCCGCUCGCCCUCAUGAUGGGGUUCGGUUUACCUAUAAUCGCCGGUUCACUAUGGAAUGAUCCGAUGGGGUCCUUCGUGUAUGCUGGCCUUGUGGCUAGACUGCUGAUUUGGCACUGUACAUUCCUGGUGAACUCACUCGCCCAUUGGGAUGGGCUCCAACCCUAUUCGGAUGACAACACGUCGAAGUCCAAUCUGGUUCUUGCGCUGCUGACAUGCGGAGAAGGGAACCACAACUUCCACAGUUUCCCCCAUGACUUCCGCUCGGGACCCUCGCCGCUCGACUGGGACCCCUCAAAAUGGGCAAUUAUCCUUCUGCGCUCGCUCGGCCUCGCAUCGGGCCUCCGCCGUGCUCGCAUGGAGGAAAUACGCGCAGCGCGCGAGUACAUGCUUCGUAAGAAGAUCACCCACAUUCACGUUCACGCGGACGGCACGCACGACCUAUACAUGAGCGGGAGCGAGGAAGAGGACGACGCGUGGGGCGGCCCGGUGUGGACGGUGGCCGAGCUCGCCGCCCACGCGCAGGAGCAGGGCCGCUGUAUCCUCCUGCUCGACGGGUACGCGGUCGACGCGUCCGAGUACCUCGCGGAACACCCGGGCGGCGCGCUGCUUCUGCGCCGAUACGCGAUCGGGGCCAGGACGAGCAAGGACGGGGCAGACGCGGAUGCAACCUCCACGGGAAAGGCCGUGCGCGACGCGAACUGGGCGUUCCACGGAGGCAUCAACAAGCACUCGCAGGCAGCACAGCGGCGCAUGCGCCAGCUGCGCGUGGCCAGGGUGCAGUAGGGAGCCAGCGACCGACAAACUCGCGUCGGGUCCGCCGCCGGAGGUGCUCAAUGGGGUGGCUGAAGAUCUGAUGCGCAUCUGCUCAGCGCAGGGGCGCCGAGGGGGUGCGAUGGACGCGGGGCGGCCAGACAGCAUCUGUCAUGUAGGGUAGGUAGACCGGGCAGGGGACUAGGGCGGAAGCAUUUGUGCAGAUCUCACGUCGAUGGAAUUCCUCCGUCGCCGCUCGCGAGAAGCCGCGCUCGGGUCGCCCGCGGUGGCGAGGUCGAGGUUCGGUUGAAGACGGUGAGAGGUUAACGGGGCCUGCCGGUAUGCGACUCGUCGG